AUGAACGAGGAGCUUCUCUCAGCCACAAGAGGUCUCUCCUUGUCACCUCGCAAGGAUCCACGUCCGGCUCGUCAAGCUUCUACAUCAAAGCUUUCGGCCCUUUCGCCAAGUACCCAUGCAUCCGGCAGCGGCAGACCUGCACUGGCCACCUCGCCCCAGCAAAACGCGCCUCAUCCUCCUUUCGGUGAUCGGAGCGAUCAGAACAGUACAUCAAAGCUGGAUAGCCCCGCUGCUCGGGUCUUACCCUACUUCAACAUGCCGAGGGGUGUCAAGCGACCAAGGCGCGAUCUGGAAGCAGCCGACAAGGCUGACGCCAACGUCAGCACUACGCUCAAUAGCUUCAACAACGCUCAUGACCCCAUCGUGAUCUCGGACGACGAGGAGCGCGAGCCCUCGGUCGCCUCUUCUCCGUCCGCCGAGCUGCGCAGCCUCGCAAAGAAGUAUACAUACGAAAGCCCCAGCAAGGCAACCUCACGCGAGAAAGCUGGCUCAAGCUCUAGCAAGGUCCAAGGAUCCAAGCCGUUUGUACAGUCGGAAUCAUCGAUUCAUGCCGUGGCUCCUGAUCCACAUGCCCUCAUCAAGGAGCCGCUUGCUUCCACCUCGACCAGCAAACCGGCAUCGCGUCCCCCUAAACGACAGAAGGCGAGCAAGUCAAGCAUCCGUCCCACAGUUCAGCCCAAAAAGACUGCAAAGCUUGCCCAAGAGGCUGGAGUCUCGCCCCUUGAUCUCUCUGACUUGACAUCGGCUGCCUUUCGACUCUUGACUCGCUGUUCCUUUUGCGCAGCUGCCUUCACCAAGUCUUCCACGCCAAAGACCAAGCAGGAGCACUUGUCGAUGUGUGCACCGCUCCAUUCGAUCAUCAAAAGCUCAACCGCUCUCGAAACGAUCACAUCCGAUAUUCGCAGCGCCGUCGCCAGAGACGAGGAUGCCAAACGAGACGCGCAGGCCAAUCGCACCGUCUUCCAGGAUGUCGUCAUGGACGCCGACUUGGUCCUGCACGAAGGACGAGCCAGCCAGAUCGAGGUUUCUUCCAAGAAGCGCGGCAGGGACUCCGUCAUGGUCAAAAAGGCCAUCAAGCGCUCCACGAAACCGCCUCUGCUUCUUGCUACCUCGGACGAGUCCGCAGCGAUUGGUUCAGUCACGCGCACGGCUACUUCUCGACUACAGUCGCCUCGCAAGGCCGGCAUCGCUGCACGCGAUCUCGCAGACCACUUGUUCACUGAGGAGCAGGACACGUCACUUCCUCCUGCUCCGGCUCACGAAGAAGACUUGGCCCCGGCAUUUGAUCCCGCUGCCGCCCUGCCGGCCACGCCGAACAAGCGAGGAAGCACGAGUAGUGCCAACUACGAUCUUCCCCUGGUGUCUGCAGAGGAGGUGUUCGCCACGCUGACCUACACAAGUCCAAAGACUAGUCCCUUCAAGGCUCUGCAAGUCGCACGCGAAAGGCAAGCAUUGCGCGACCAAGAGUCGAUUUCGCUGGGAAGCGGUAGCAAGUCCGUGCCAGCAAGCCCUUGCCCCGCACCUACGCAGCCAUUUGUGCCCUCCAAGCUCGCCCUGCGCCGCCGAGGUCAGGACGGCAAAGUACGCCCGAGGGUCUUUGAUGCCGCAGCACCCAGUCGCUCGCUGUUGGAUCUCGUCUCUGGUCACAAGAUCGAAUCCGACGAUGCGAAGAACGAAGCCAAGCGCAAAGCAUCUCUGCUCGAUCGUCCAGACUUUGUCGCUCCGGCCAAGAAGGCGAAGCUUUCCAAGGAAGAGGACCAUUGUAUGGCCGAUCUGAAACCCGUAGAAAAACACGAACCCGCGGUCGCAGAUCAAACCUCUCACGUCUCUCUCGCCGGCUCGCCCUCGUACGAUAUGGACGUCGACGCGAUGCCGACCGAAGAUCAGACGAGUCCCAAGUUCGCUGCGCACGAGGACCACAAGAUCGGUAAGCAUCAAGCACAAGCGUCCUCGUCCAUCCUUCAAGCUUCUGCAAAUCAUCGCUUCAAGGCUGACACAAGCCCACCAACAUCUGCCAAUAUACCCCAGUGCGACGCAAUUGAUGAACCUGUCGGCUCGCCUGCUCUUCAACAGCACGAUGAUCAGGGCACAGCUGCCAAAGUGGAUGGACACUCAAGUGAAGCGGAAGAUGAUGACGAUGACGACGCGCAGUCGUUUCUUGAUCUGCUCGAGCCUUCCGAGCCGUACGACCCGCAUGCAAAUACAUACUUCCCAAGCACCGCCCUUCCUGUCCAAGCACAUCCAGAGACGCUCUCUCCGACUUCAUCGGAUGACACAGAGACUGUCAGCUCGCCUCUCUCUGGCGACAGGAGACGUCGAAUGCUCGUCGCAUCUGGUGGUGCAUCCGUCGGCUUUGCUGAAAGACGCGGACGGCGCGACUCUCCGUCCAUCGAUCAAGUUGCUUCCUCGGAUCCGAUGCAAGACCAGUCGAGCCCGUUGGUCACUAGCCGCGACGCUGACAAAACGGCGGUGACGGAUUCUGAGCCCGACUUUAACGGCGCAACAGACACCAGCUCUGCAAGCACACCACAGCUUUAG